CUGUACCCGUGGGCAAAACGGCGUUUACUUAUCAACAGCGUGGACACAAUAGAUAGAGAGAGAGAGAGACGAGCGCUUACAUGAGAACGAGCAACAUUUGAAAGAAAGGGCGAGUUGUGUUUCUAAACACAGACUCUAGACUUCAGAUUUUCGAUUACGUCGAGUAGUAACGUCAGUUUGGGGGUUGUUCGUAAUUCAGAAACAGUCGGAGGACUAUCAUAACAACACUGGAGCACAGCAUAACAGAUCCCGGAGAAGCACAUUUUUGAUAUGAGAUGACGCCAGACUCCUUUGGCUGUUUGAAGUGGUGUCCUUGUGGGCUACUCAGUGCUGAAAUAACAGGAGCAGAAUCUGACAGCGACAGAUAGACCGGUCUUUGGUUUCAGCUCAUCCGUUGUGCUCAGCGGCCUCCUGGUUUUCCAUCAGGAUGGUGUAUUCAGCGUCACUCUGUGCCUGUCUGUCUCUUCUGACUGUCCUCAGCUGUCAUGCUCAUGUUCUCCCCCCGACUCUCUUUUCCCAUGGGUAGUCCAGGUCGCUCCCUUACCAUCUUCACAAACCCUGAUGUUUACAACACCACCACGCUGUUGCUUAGUGACAAUGAGGACACUUUAUUUGUCGGAGCCCGUGAUGCCGUUCUCUCAAUCGAUGUCAGUCAGACUGAUGCGAUGACCAUGAAGAAGAAGCUGGACUGGUCUCCAUCAGAAAAAGAUCUUGCUGACUGUUCCAUGAAAGGCAAGAUGAAGGUGGACUGUCAUAACUUUGUGAGGGUUUUGCAAGUGCUAAACUCCACCCAUAUGUACGCCUGUGGAACGUUUGCCUUCAGCCCCCGCUGCAUCUACAUCAAUUCAAAGACAUUUUCCAUGGCUACAGGCACCAGCGGUAAGCCAGAAGAAGGCCGAGGCCGCUGUCCUUAUGACCCGUACCAGAAAAACACAGCUAUUACUGUGGAUGGAGAACUGUACACAGGAACAGUGGCAGACUACAGAGGAACUCGGCCCGUCAUUUCACGCCACUUGAGUGAGGGCAGCCAUGUUGAUCUGAAACUGGAUGAUACGCUUGGCUGGUUAGAAGAUCCUACAUUCAUCAGCUCUGCAUAUGUUCCCACUGAGGAGAAGGUUUAUUUCUUCUUUAGUGAGAUUGGAAAAGAAUAUGACUUCAUUGACAAGUUUACAGUGUCUCGUGUUGCCCAAGUUUGCACCAGUGAUGUGGGUGGGCAGCGUACUCUGCAAAAGCGCUGGACCACCUUCGCCAAGGCUCAGCUGCUAUGUCAAGCUGACCAAGAGCUGCCGUACAACAUCCUGCAGGACAUUGUCACCCUUCCACCACCAGAGGGCGCAUCUGAAGAUGAAACCCUGUUCUAUGGGAUUUUCUCUUCUCAGUGGCAAGUAAACUUGGGUCGCUCAGCCGUGUGUGCAUUCAGCCUCAAAGACAUUAAAAAGGUGUUUACAGGACGUUACAAGGUUCUGAAUCGGGACACUUUGAAAUGGACCACACGGGUACAGGAGCAAAUGGCAAACCCUGGAGAGUGUGGGCUUCAUAAUGCUUCAGACAACACACUGCGCUUUGUUAAGGACAACUUCCUGACUGAUAAAAGUGUUCCACCGGUCAAUCAGGGCCUGACACUGGUGUCACCUGAUAAGAGUUACAGCAAUAUCGCAGCACAGAGAGUCCGUGGAGCACGUGGCAGAAAGUACACUGUGCUUUACCUGCUCACAGAGUCUGGCUAUCUGCAAAAAACUGUGCUCUUGGAGAACGGAGCUCACAUCAUUGAGGAGAUCCAAGUGUUUCAACAACCUCAGCCGGUCAAAAACCUCCUGAUAUCAGCCUCUAAGGGUGCAGUUCUGGUCGGCUCUUCAGAAGGAGUCAUUUCAGUACCUGUGUCCAACUGUUCAUAUUACUGGAGCUGUGCUGAGUGUAUUUUAGCUAGAGACCCCUUCUGCGGCUGGGACCCUGUGAGGAAGCUCUGCACAAAUAUUAACACUCACGACCAUCUUGUCCAGGAUGUUGAUGAGGGAAAUGUCUCCACUCAGUGUACGUCUGUGAACCCUAGGUCACGCUCCGGCCAGUCCCGAACCACCACAAGUGAAGUGGUGUCUGUGUCUCUAAACGAAGUAGUGCACUUGCGGUGUCCAGAAGCGUCACGCCUCGCCAAACGCCACUGGGAGCGUCUCAACAGCCAGCUCUCGCCCAAAAUCUACAUUCAGACAGACGACAGCAGCCUCAGCUUUGUGGUGACCCCGUCCACCCUGGGCCACUACCUGUGCCAGGCUGUGGAGAACGGCUACACCCAAACACUGGUCGUCUACCACGUCAAACAGAAAAGCAGCCCCACCAUCAUACCAGCCACACCAAACCGCCCACACAGCACCCCAUCCACCGAAGCAGGAAGUAAACCUCCCGUCUCCACUACCAGAUUGACAACACCCACACAGACAGAGCCGAGGCCUAAACCAGAAGAAGUGAACCCUACAGUCACGCUCAAAGAUUCGCCAAUGAGCACGACGCGCAAAAGCAGGAACUUUACUCGAUUCUCUAGGAUGGGUAAGGAGAAUUCACAAAUGACCGAGCCUGGUGAAAACCUCAAGCAAGCAGACAAGCCCACCUACUUUCAGGAGCUAGUAGUGGUGUCUGUUCUGUUAGCCCUGUGCAUCAGCGCCUUGCUAAUGAUUGCUUUUAACAGAUUCAGGCACCUUUGUCACAGCAGGACAGUCCCGCAGACUUCCUCUCGCAGGGACGCCGAGAAGGGCGGAAGUGCGACGCCUCAGGAAAGAGAGUCUCUCAGAGGGCAUUCGCCUCGUUCGGAAAAGCGGAACGGACAAUCUCCUAACGGACAGUCCCGCAACGGUCAGGCACAUAACGGCAAAUCUCCCAUCACACUGAGCAACAGUGUGCUGAACAGCUCGAAUGGUCACCUACCCAACACACCCAUGCACUGAUGCACUCGUCUAGUUUGAUAGGUUCGCUGUAAACCUCUUUUCUGAGCCAAAUCGGGCUUCUGCUGUAUCGAGCCCUGUCGCUGAACCACUUUGCAGACCAAGAGGAAAAAAACUGUUAAAAAUGGCACAUUGGACCUUUUUAUGAACCGUUUUUUGAGCUGUACGACUCAGAUGUUUAACUCUAGGUACUACAGUAGUGUACAUUUUUCAGUUUGUCUGUAUUUAAGCUGUAAUUUAUGUGACAAUUAUUGUUUGUUUCAGUCUAAAGUAUAUCAGAUUUAAUGCCUCUCGUAAAUUACUUUCAGGCAAAUGUAAGAAAUAUAUCAGUUCAAGAUUUCUGAUGAUCUCUUCAAACUUUUUAAUUGAUAUUAGAAGCUGCUUUUAAAAUGUUAUAAUACACGUUUUUAUGGACGUUAAAAUGUAAAGUUUCUUAAGAGAGGCAGCUUAACUAAUUAUACUGACGAUCUGCAAUUUUCAACUUCAGAAACUUGCUUUUUGAAAUUUCCUAUUUUCCAUUCUGAUAAAAAAAAAAAAAAUCAUUUUCCUGUAACGUUACUCUGUCUACGAUGUUCAGAGUUGCUAUGUCGCACAUCUUUUUUAGUCUUUGCCUUUGUUCCUUGUUCUUACCUAUUUCCAAUUUUUGAAUGUUAAGAUGAGGUAUAUGUUUAUAUAUUUUUUUUCCUUUUAUAGUCUUUAAAGAAAUCAAAUUAAAGGGUUACUCCACCCCAAAAUGAAAAAUUUGUCAUUAAUCAUUUACCCCCAUGCCUUUCCAAACCCGUAAAAGCUUCGUUCAUCUUGGGAUCACAAAUUGAGAUAUUUUGGAUGAAAAAGAUUUGUCCCAUUGACUGCCAGGUAAAUACCACUGUUAAGACCCGAAAAAAGUAUGAAAGGCAUUGUCAAAAUAGUCCAUCUGUCAUCAGUGGACGAACGAAGCUUUUACGGGUUUGGAACGACAUGGGGGUAAGUGACAAAAUGUUCAUUUUGGGGUGGAGUAACCCUUUACAUUCUGACAUUUAUUCACCCACAUAAUGUUGGUAACCGAAGAG